UUCCAUCCAUCUAUUUUCUUUCUUUCCUUAUUUUAGCGGAUAAAAUUAAUGUCCAAAGUCAAUAAUUAAUUAUGAUAAUGGCCAAUAAUGGCCUCUUGGGUCUGCAAUGGAAGUACUAUUAGGUUGAGCAAAUUAAAAGAGCAUCAUGGUAGUACAUGAUGUACUGGUACUACAUAGAUGAGUUUAGGUACAACCACCACGAAAAUGGCCUCCUUUCCCUUAUAAACUCACUUAUACCUAUAAUCGUUAAUUUCAAUUUCCUAAGAGUGAAAGAGUCAUAUACAUCAAAAAAUAUGAAAUCACACAUGACAUUAUUCUGGGGUGAUGCCAUUGAAAUUCUCUUCCCAGGUUGGCCAGGCUCAAACUUCAACUCUUAUAUGUUAGCCUUAACACUUGUGUUUGUGCUCAGUUUGGCAGUAGAGUGGCUUUCGCAUACCAAAUUCAUCAAGCCUACCAUGGAUAACAUCACAGCUGGGAUUUUACAAACUGCAAUGUAUGCAUUUCGAGUUGGAAUGGCCUAUUUGGUCAUGCUUGCAGUCAUGUCAUAUAAUCUUGGCAUUCUACUAGCUGCAGUUGCAGGAUAUACAAUAGGGUUCUUCAUCUUUGGCAGUAGGGCUUUUGACGAUUCAAAAAUAUCAAAGAUCUCUCCUUGCGAGGAUCCAGCUGAUCUUCCACCACUGAUUUGCUAAUCAGAAGAGCACAUCAAACUUUAAUUUGCAGCUGUAUGGUCAUUAUAAUUUCUUUAUGCAUAUUGGUAUAUAUACUCAAUUGUAUAUGAUUAUCCUAUUUUCUGUGAAACUUAGUACUCCAAAUUUAUAAUUUUUUGUAACAAUAUUUGGAUCUUGCAAACAAAAAUAAUGUACAAGUUGUUGUGCCUG